UGAGGCUUUUCUUAGUCGUCUUAUGGAAACUGGUGCAACAGAAAGUUCAUCUUUAUGUGACCUUCCUAAACAGAUGGAAGGUGAUCAACAGAGAGCCUCUGAACAAACUAAGAACAUCUUAAGUAAUUUAGUUGCUGCUGUUGACAAUUUGUGGUAUCUAAAAGAUGGAAUACAUACUGUAGUCUUGAAAAAACUUUCAGAAAAUGGAUCUUGCAGGCAAAGGACACCAAGUGAAUUAGAUAGAGAGGUUAAGAACUUGAGGGUGCCAUUUACUGACCUGUUUUUGAAGCAUAACACUUUCAAAGAAACUGCAAAGCCAUCGAGAUAUUGAUGCAAAGAAUGGAAGAAUGUAUUUCACUCAUUUUUGUAUACAUUUCUUGUUUUGUAUUUAGUGAUAAAGGAAUCUGAAUUGGGCAUAAAUUAUGUUGUAAUAUGAUUUCUUAAGCCUAGACUAGUAGACUAAAUAUUGUAAUUACAUUUGAGUAAUUAAUAAAAAUCUAUUUAUGUUACCUUAU